GGCAGAGGUGAGGGGGAAAGCAGCCUUUUCUGCUGGAGCAUCUUUCGGCGAGACACUUUCUCUAUGCUGCCGGGGGGAUUUUCGCCCGUGUUCGUCAGAGCAAGAAAGUGUGGUUCGACGUUGAAGACCUUUUCUCCCUAGCCCUUUCUCUGUCCAAGCAGAGGAAUAUUCUAAGUAGACAACAUGGCGAAGGAGAUUCGUGAUCUUCGCAAGUUCCUGUUGACCGCCCGGCGUCCGGACGCCAAGCGGGUCACGAUCGUUAGACAGCACAAGAAGCCCCGUGCCACCGGCGGCGGUGCGUCCACCGUUACCAAGUUCAAGAUCAGAUGCAGCAGAUAUCUUUACACCUUCGUGGUGGAGGAUCGCGAGAAGGCGCAGAAGCUCGAAGGAUCGUUGCCGCCGAGUCUCGAGAAGGUGUCCAUUCCGGGCAAGAAAUGAGUGUGUUUCGGUUGCGUCUGUUGUCGGGUGUUCGUAAUACCUGUUGAGAAUCCGUUUCGAGUGUUCGCGGAAUGCAUCGUGCCUGUGAGCGCCACCGUGGGCAACAACACUGAGACUGCUUCCCUGGCAAUCCUUCUCCAGCUUCCCUCGCGGUUGUUUACAAAUGCCAUUCCAACGUACCACGCAGCAGCGUGGCGUUACUGACAUGAGGCAGAUUCGCCGCAGACCGAACUCCUGACUUUCAAAGCGCCCGGCGGAAUAGAUGAGUAUCUUGAGUAAACGCGGCGAUUGGUCGCGAUUGGUCUGUGAUCGACUUAUGCGUGGCAAAAAAGGUAGGAGGUU